UUAGGGUAGUGAGAGAUUAAAUUGUUAUGUGAGAAAAAAAAGGUUGUAAGAAGUGGGCUUAGGCUAUAAACAACCAAAGGAGGUUACCUUACAUUCCACGUUUCUUCCUCCUCCCCCAAACAGCAGUAUUUAUGGCCUUGUUUUCCUAUCUCUCUUUUCUCCUCAUCAUAUUCACAUCUCCAUCUUCUCUCUCUCUCUCUCUCUCUCUCUAACUCUCUUCUAAAACUUACCAACACAACAAAAUCGAGUUUCCAAUAAAGAGUUUUGUUGAAAUGGAAAACGUUCCGGUGGUGUGUAAGGAAGAUGAUCAGAUGGAUUUGCCUCCCGGAUUUCGAUUCCACCCGACGGAUGAAGAGCUCAUAAGCCAUUACCUCUACAAGAAGGUCAUUGACACCAAGUUCUGCGCCAGGGCAAUUGGAGAAGUGGACCUCAACAAGUCCGAGCCUUGGGAUUUGCCAUGGAAAGCCAAAAUGGGAGAAAAAGAGUGGUACUUUUUCUGUGUGAGAGACAGAAAAUACCCCACUGGCUUGAGAACCAACAGGGCCACAGAAGCUGGGUACUGGAAGGCCACAGGGAAAGACAAAGAGAUUUUCAGAGGAAAAUCUUUGGUUGGAAUGAAGAAAACUCUGGUUUUCUACAGAGGUCGAGCACCCAAAGGAGAGAAAAGCAAUUGGGUCAUGCACGAGUACCGACUCGAGGGAAAAUUCUCUGCUCACAACCUCCCAAAAACUGCAAAGAACGAGUGGGUGAUUUGCAGGGUGUUUCAGAAGAGUUCAGCUGGGAAGAAAACUCAUAUCUCGGGGAUAAUGAGGUUGGACUCUUUUGCUAAUGAAUUGGGUUCUUCUGCUCUGCCACCCCUUUCAGAUUCUUCGCCUUCUAUUGGCAACACUAAACCUCUGAAUGAUUCGGCUUACGUGCCCUGCUUCUCCAAUCCAAUUGAUGUUCAAAGAAACCAAGAAGGUGUCUUCGAUUCCUUCACCAACUCUAUGUAUGCGGUUUCUUCAAAUCCUAUGGACAUUCUUCCCAGAAUGCCACCUUCUGGCUCCUUCUACUCCACUCAAGGUGUUCAAGCUGCGCCUAAUUUUGCAUUUCCUGGUUCUGUUUACACUCUUCAGGACCACACCAUCCUGAGAGCUUUGUGUGAAAACAAUGGUUACAAGCCAGAGAGGGACAUGAUCAGUGUUUCGCAGGAAACGGGUCUAACUACUGACAUCAACGCUGAAACCUCUUCAAAUUUUGAUGUGGGUUGGAGGCCCUUUGAGAAUCACAAUCAUGCAUCUGUUUCUGUUGCCCCAUUGGAUCUUGAUGGUUUGUGGAAUUACUAAAAGUUUAAAUAAAAGGAACAAUUACAGUGAAAAGUGAAAUUAACCCCACUUUUGAGCUGAAAGGAAGAGGAACAACAAGAGCCUCGGGUGGGGUUGAUACUGUUGUUGUUUCUCUGAAUAGAUUUUAUCUAAGACAUGUAAUUACUGAAGCAUAUGUUGUUAAGUGUAAGAAUUAAGAAAUGUUGUGGAAUUAGGCUGGUCUGAUCUUUUGACACUUUGGGCUUGUGGUUGGCAUGAACACGAGCAUAAUUAUUUUGUUUCAGCUUGGAUUAAAAAUCAUAGUAGAUUGAGACUGGUGGAUUAAAAUUAAAAUUUAAAAAGUCAUGAUGAUGAUUA